AGUUGUUUUCGUGAAGCAAAAAUCACGUGCUCACAACUGCUUCUGAUAAAGGAAAUCAUACAAUCAAUGAUAUAUUUAGUCAAUUUGAGAAAGAAGAGUUAGUAUGAAGUCACUAGAAGGAAACUUUCACAUAGCUUUUCUAAAACCAAUAAAAGUAUAGCCUAUGCUGUUCUCUUUAUAAGCUACAGGAAUACAUAAGUUUGAAUAAACCUUUCAGGAAACUAUACAUAAUAGUCCUGCGGUAAGGAAGUUCAUGAAAAAUUUGAAACUUCUUCAGUUCAAGCCAUUUUAGGUCAGAAUCAUUCUAAAAAACUUUGCAUUACUUUAAGGAAUCUGGAUGAUAUGCUUAACUGCUGGCAGAAUUAACUUCAAUAAAAUAAACGAAUCAGUUCUUUGAGUUCGUUCUUAAAUCCCAUUUUGACAAAAAUAAAUAAAAUAAAGGAAUCGAUAGUGAAGGACUUGAUGGACAUUCUUUUUUUCGUGUCUGUUUGAAUUGAAUCUGAAAGUAGAGUGAAAGGAACCGUGAUUUAAGUUUGUAUAUUUGCCUAACUUCAAAGGAUUUUGGCCUAUGAAUUUCACUUAUCAUGCCAAUCGUAUUAAGAUCUGCCUUUUCUCCAUAUUACCAAAAUUUCUUGAAUAUCUUUAACAAAGUUUUCAAUUCUUUCGUGACGCAGGGAGUUCCAACACUCAGAAAUGUAGUGAUUACAAAAUCCAAAUCCAACUUUUACUAGAAAUUCCUAAUUGUUGCAAAAAAUGUCAAGUGUAUUUUACAUAUAUUUGCUGCCUCAUAUUUGUAAUGUGGGAUGGUUUGUUCUUGCAAUUUUACAGCUACCAAUAUGCAGGUUAUAUUAAUAAAAUGGAACAAAGACUUAGUAUUAGUGAAAUUACACCACUAACUACAUAAUGGACUUGCAAAGUCCAGGCUGUAGACAAAUUUCGGCCACGAGACAGUAGAGAUCAACGAGUUCAUUUUCAGACAAUAAUUGUCCAGGAUGUAAGCGAGGAACAAGUUUGUGUGAUACUUUAUGGUGACGAUAUUAGAAGAUGUGAUAACUUGUUCGAACUUUUUGAGACAUAUCUGAUUUCAACUGCCAAGGUUAGAAAUCCGCAGCCUUAUUCACUACAUAUAGGCCAAUUUGAGUGGAUCGUUGACAGAUUUACUAUUGUGGAGUCUAUCCAAAAAAAUAAUGAAAAGGAGGCAUCGUUACCUCUUCCGUCAAGACUGAGUACGAUUUCGUUCGCCGACGUUGCACAACAGCCUUCCGGUGUUGAGUUGAUCUAUUAGCUGUGGUGGCAAACUGUGGGGCAAUGCAAUACACCGUUGAUCAGAGUAAGAGAUUUCAAGAGGCCAUAGUUAUGGACAAAAUAAACCUCUCUUCUUCACUAUAUGGGAAGACUUGGCAAGCAAUGAAGGAGCUGAGUUACUGAGACAAGUGAGGCAACUACAAGAAUAUCCUAUUAUUCUCGCAAAGCGGAUAGGUACCACAAAAUAUCAGGGUGUUACCCGUUUCGCAACAAGAUAUAACUCAACAAUCUUAAUCAAUCCCCUAUAUGUGCAAGCAACCGAAUUACGGAAUUGGAUAAAUGAGAACAAACAAAUGCUAAUCGAAUACACAAUGAAGAGUUCAGCAGAGUCAGCUUCAUCGCUUAAUCUUGUAGCUGUUGACGAUGAAAUAUUAUCUGUUUCAGCUAUUGCUACGCAAACCUCCACUGCGGAAAGUUUUUACGUCGAAGGAGAAAUUUCACUACCUGAGCAUUUCCAACGAUUUUACCUGCUAGGUUGUUCUGAAUGUAACCAUCUUGUUCGGAGCAAAAUAAGAAGGGAGAUUCAAUGCAUAAACUGCAGGCUGCCACGAAUGUUAAUUCCAAGGUGCCACUUUGAGGUAGAAAUUACAGACGAAACUGGCACAAUAACAACAAUGUCUAAAGGCUUGGGCGAAAGAAUAUUAUCAAUGACAGCUGAACAGAUAUAUGAUAUCACCGCUGUUAAGAAUGAGUUAUUCCCUGUUGCCCAUAUCAACCAACUACUGAUAAACUAUUCAGAAUUCAACUACAAAGGUCAUCAUCCAGAACACCAGACAAAAAUGCAGGUUCUCUGGUUCUUUUGUCAUACACUGAAAAACCAACCAUGUUUCUACCAGAAGAGUCAACAUCUGCGAGUGGUGCCGACAGAAUUAUGGAAGAAGAGCCAAUACUUGUGACUGAUGCAAAAGCAACUAAGAAACGGAAAAGGGAACCAAGUACUCUACCAAAGCUACAAUCAAGGUUAGAAACUCAAAUACCAUAUUUUACGAUGUACUAAUGUUCUUAAAAUGAAUAUAUUAUUUGUACAGAUUGUCGAACCAGUGAUGUUCGCUCAGACAGUAUGCGAUGUACAUGCACAUUUUGAUAACAUUUUUCCAGAUCAUACCGAUCUUUUAACAAAGUUUAGAUAUUUUGGCCGCCUUAACAAACUGUUCCACAUUUUUUGCGUAGAUAGUUGUCAGUAGUAUGUGCCUAUGUUUUUGAAGGCAAUUGGUAUUAUUUUUGGAUAUUGGAGCGGCCUCUAGAUGUUGUACAUACUAGUCUGUUUAUUGAAAUGUAGAAACUGAAUGUAGUGUUGCUAUAUAUCUUGUUUGUUUCACAUUAA